AUGAGUUUCAUAUAUACCUGCGGCGGGACAUUGAAAGGCCGCAACGGCAGCAUAGAAUCGCCCGGCUUCCCCUACGGCUACCCCAACGGCGCCAACUGCACCUGGGUCAUUGUCGGAGAAGAGGGAAGUCGAAUCCAGCUCCUCUUCCUGUCCUUCGCCAUCGAGGAAGAAUAUGACUUCUUGUCCCUGUAUGAUGGACACCCCCACCCUGCUAACUUCAGGACCAGGUUAACAGGCUUCCAGGUCCCCGCCCCGGUCACCAGUACAGGCAACGUGUUCUCGCUGAGGCUGACCAGCGACUUUGCCGUCUCUGCCCAUGGCUUUAAGCUAAACUAUGAAGAGCUCCAGAGUACAUCCUGUGGUAACCCCGGCAUUCCUCCCAAGGCGGUGCUGAGCGGCGGUGGUCAUUUCGCCGUGGGAGACAGCGUGCGGUACAGCUGCGUCCCCGGGUACGUCUUAGACGGCCACGCCACGCUCACCUGCAUCACCAACACAGGCAACACCGCUGUGUGGGACUUCCCAGCUCCGAUUUGUCGAGCUGAGGACACAUGUGGGGGCACUGUGAGGGGCGGCAGUGGGGUGGUGACCAGUCCCGGUUACCCCGGCAACUAUGGUAACCAGGCCGACUGUACUUGGAUCCUAUUGGCCGAACCCGGAGACACCAUCUCUGUCGUGUUUACAGACUUCCAGACGGAGGAGAAAUAUGACUACCUUGAAGUGGAGGGAUCCGAACCGCCAACCAUCUGGUUGUCGGGCAGUAACGUCCCCUCUCCGAUUGUUAGCAACAAGAACUGGCUCCGCCUCCACUUUGUAACUGACAGCAACCACCGUUACCGUGGUUUCAGCGCACAUUACCAAGUGAAGCGAUCAGUAGAUUUUAAAUCGCGGGGCGUUAAAUUAUUCCCUGGCAAAGACUCCAGCAACAAGUUUUCAAUCUUGAACGAAGGUGGCGUGAGACAGGCGUCCAACUCCUGUCCCGACCCGGGGGAGCCGGAGAAUGGAAAGCGCCAUGGCAACGAUUUCAGCAUCGGCAGUGAUAUCCAGUUCGGCUGUGGCGAGGACUAUGUUCUCCAGGGCAGUAAAACCAUCAGCUGUCAGAGGGUGGCUGAAGUCUUCGCAGCUUGGAGUGACCACAGACCGGUCUGCAAAGUGAAAACUUGUGGCAGCAACCUGCAGGGGCCGUCAGGAACGUUCACGUCGCCUAACUUCCCAAUUCAGUAUGAGAGCAACGCACAGUGUGUGUGGAUAAUCACAGCUUCAAACCCCAAUAAGGUAAUCCAAAUCAACUUUGAGGAGUUUGACCUCGAGAUAGCCUACGAUACUCUGACCAUAGGGGACGGCGGAGAGGUGGGAGACCCGACCACUAUACUACAAGUACUAUCAGGAAGCUUUGUUCCCGACCUGAUAGUCAGUAUGACCCACCAGAUGUGGCUCCACCUCCAGUCGGACGAGAGCGUCGGGUCCAUAGGAUUCAAGAUCAACUAUAAAGAAAUAGACAAGGAGAGCUGCGGCGACCCCGGAACUCCUCUCUAUGGAAUAAGAGAAGGGGACAGCUUCUCAAAUGGAGGAAUCCUGAGGUUCGAAUGCCAGUUUGGAUUCGAGCUGAUCGGGGAGAGAACCAUUUCCUGUCAAGACAACAACCAGUGGUCUGCCAACAUCCCCAUCUGCAUUUUCCCCUGUAUGUCCAACUUCACAGCCCCAUCAGGCACGGUGCUCUCCCCAGAUUACCCAGAGGGCUAUGGGAACAACAUGAACUGUGUCUGGCUCAUCCAGUCGGACCCCGGCUCCAGAAUCCACUUGGCGUUCAACGACUUUGACUUAGAGGCACCGUACGACUCCCUAACAGUCAAAGACGGCGAGACAAACGACGCCGUGGUCAUCGGCAGGUUCUCAGGAGCCGAGAGCCCCUCCCAUCUGACGUCCAACUCCAACACGCUGAGGCUGGAGUUUCAAGCCGAUCAUUCCAUGUCGGGACGGGGAUUUAACAUUACUUAUAGCACCUUCGGCCAUAACGAGUGUCCAGAUCCUGGCAUUCCAAUCAAUGCUCGCCGCUUCGGAGACAGCUUCCAGCUUGGCAGCUCCGUAUCUGUGGUCUGCGAAGACGGCUUCAUUAAAACCCAAGGAAGCGAGACCAUCUCGUGUCAGCUCGACAGGGGGAAAGUCAUGUGGAGCGGGCCCAUUCCUAAAUGUGAAGCCCCGUGUGGAGGUCAUUACUCAGCCCCUAGCGGCGUGAUUUUGUCCCCUGGUUGGCCUGGUUACUAUAAAGAUUCCCUCAGUUGUGAAUGGGUGAUCGAAGCAGAACCAGGAAGGUCAAUCAAGAUCACAUUUGACAGGUUUCAGACAGAGUUGGGUUAUGACUUCCUGGAACUCCAUGAUGGACCAAACCUCCUGUCACCUUUAAUCGGCUCUUUUAAUGGAACACAGGUGCCUCAGUUCCUGUUCAGCAGCAGCAACUUCCUGUAUUUACUGUUCACCACUGAUAACAGCAGGUCAAACGCUGGCUUCAAAAUACUCUAUGAGAGCGUUACAGUGGACAGCUACUCUUGCCUGGAUCCUGGUAUUCCUGUCAACGGUAUCCGGUAUGGCCAGGAUUUCUCUAUCGGGUCCACGGUGUCGUUUGGUUGCGAUUCUGGUUAUAGACUUAGCCACGAGGAGCCUCUUGUUUGUGAAAAGAACCACUGGUGGAGUCAUCCUUUACCAACAUGUGACGCCCUAUGUGGAGGUGAUGUUAGAGGGCCCUGGGGGACCAUCCUUAGUCCCGGCUAUCCAGACAGCUACCCAUCAUCUCUCAACUGCACCUGGACCGUGGAAGUCAGCCAUGGAAAAGGAGUACAGUUUCAAUUCAACUCCUUCCAUCUUGAGGACCAACACGACUACCUCUUGGUUACCGAGAACGGCAGUUUCCUGCAGUCGCUGGCUCGCCUCACCGGCAGCGAGUUGCCUGGUAACAUCAACGCCGGUCUCUAUGGCAACUUCAAAGCCCAGCUGCGAUUCAUCUCCGACUUCUCCAUUUCAUACGACGGCUUCAACAUAACUUUCUCUGAGUAUACUCUGGAGCCAUGUGAGGACCCUGGAAUGCCUCGGUUCGGCAGGAGAAACGGCUACAGUUUUGGCGUCGGAGACACGCUGUCGUUUUCCUGCAAUAUGGGUUACCGCCUAGAGGGGGCUCCAGAGUUAAUCUGCCUAGGAGGGGGUCGGAGAAUGUGGAGCGCCCCGCUGCCCAGAUGUGUUGCGGAGUGCGGCUCCUCGGUUGUGAAUAAUGAAGGGAUUCUUCUUUCCCCCAACUACGCCAUGAACUAUGACAACAACCAUGAGUGCAUCUACAGUAUCCAGGUGCAGGCUGGGAAGGGCAUAAACAUUUCAGCUCGUACCUUCCAUCUAGCCCAGGGGGACAUACUCAAGAUCUAUGACGGCAAAGACGGCUCGGCUCACGUAUUGGGAGCAUUUACAGGGACGUCCAUGCUGGGCUUAACUCUGAUUUCCACCUCAAAUCAUCUUUGGUUGGAAUUUUACAGCGAUGCUGAAAGCACAGGGGAGGGAUUCAAGCUCGUCUACUCAAGUUUUGAGUUGUCUCAUUGUGAAGACCCAGGCGUGCCUCAGUUUGGCUUCAAGGUGAACGACCAAGGUCAUUUCUCCGGGAGCAGCAUCACAUACAGAUGUGAGCCAGGGUACACUCUGCACGGGGCCUCCACGCUGAAGUGCAUGACGGGGGAAAGGAGAGCCUGGGACAACCCGCUGCCAUCUUGCAUCGCCGAGUGUGGAGGUAGUUUUAAGGGUGAGUCCUCGGGGCAGAUCCUAUCUCCUGGAUAUCCAUUUCCUUAUGACAACAAUCUUCGCUGCACCUGGACCAUCGAGGUGGACUCAGGAAACAUAGUGAGCCUCCAGUUCUUGGCUUUUGACACAGAAGCCAGCCAUGAUAUGCUGAAGGUCUGGGACGGACCAGCAGAGAAUGAAAUGUCCUUGGCUGAGCUCAGCGGGUCUCUGCUACCUGAAGGAAUCCAUUCCACACUGAACACAGUCACCGUUCAGUUCGAGACAGAUUUCUACAUCAGCAAGUCCGGAUUCGCCAUUCAGUUCUCCAGCUCAGUAGCUACAGCUUGCAGGGACCCCGGAGUGCCUAUGAACGGGAGUCGUAGCGGAGAUGGACGUGAGCCGGGGGAUUCGGUGUCCUUUCAGUGCGAUCCCGGUUAUGAGCUCCAGGGGGAUGACAAGAUCACUUGCAUUCAGGUGGAUAACCGAUACUACUGGCAACCCAGCCCGCCUGUCUGCAUAGCUCCUUGUGGAGGAAACCUUACCGGCUCAAGUGGUUUUAUAUUGUCUCCGAACUUCCCCCACCCCUACCCCCACUCCAAGGACUGUGACUGGCUCAUAGCUGUAAACUCCGACUACGUCUUGUCGCUGGCCUUCAUCAGUUUCAGCAUCGAGCCUAAUUACGACUUCCUGUACAUCUACGACGGUCCGGAUAGCAACAGUCCUCUGAUUGGUAGCUUCCAGGACAGCAAACUGCCAGAGCGAAUAGAGAGCAGUUCGAACACCAUGCAUUUAGCCUUCCGCAGCGACGGGUCAGUUUCCUACACUGGCUUCCACCUGGAAUACAAAGCCAAGCUGAGGGAGUCGUGUUUUGAUCCAGGCAUUGUUCUGAACGGGACCAGGCUAGGUUCGGAUUAUAAACUUGGCUCUACGGUCACCUUCUACUGUGAGGCCGGAUACGUUCUGCAGGGUUAUUCUACUCUCACCUGUAGCAUGGGAGACGAUGGGAGACCUGGAUGGAACAGAGCCUUACCUAGCUGUCAAGCCCCAUGUGGCAGUCGUUCUACGGGGACGGAGGGAACCGUUUUAUCGCCGAAUUUCCCCAGAAAUUACACCACUGGACACACCUGUAUCUACUCCAUAUCUGUACCAAGGGAGUUCGUCCUGUUCGGUCAGUUCGUCUUGUUCCAGACAUCUCUGAAUGACGUGGUCGAAAUCUACGAUGGACCCACCCAGCAAAAUACCCUGCUGUCCUCUCUGUCUGGAUCCCAUUCUGGUGAGUCUCUCCCUCUGAGUUCAGGGAACCAGGUCGCCAUAAAGUUUACCACAGUUGGACCAGAGACGGCGAAAGGCUUCCACUUCGUCUACCAAGCUGUCCCUCGAACCAGUUCCACACAGUGUAGUUCUGUUCCCGAGCCCCGGUUUGGGAAACGUCUUGGUAAUGACUUUGCGGUGGGCUCCAUGGUGCAGUUUGAGUGCAAUCCUGGUUACGUCCUGCACGGUUCGACCGCCAUACGCUGUGAGAGCGUUCCAGACAACCUCGCCCAAUGGAAUGAUUCUCUGCCGACGUGUAUAGUCCCUUGCGGGGGUAUGUUGACUUCACGUCGCGGGACCAUUCUGUCGCCUGGCUAUCCUGAGCCUUAUGACAACAACCAGAACUGUGUGUGGAAGGUCUCUGUGCCCGAGGGGGCUGGGAUACAGAUACAAGUAGUAAGUUUUGCUACAGAGCAUAACUGGGAUUCUCUGGAUUUCUAUGAUGGAGCUGACAAUCACGCACCGAGACUGGGCAGCUACUCUGGCACCACCAUCCCCCCUCUGCUGAAUAGUACGUCCAACAACCUCUAUCUCAGCUUCAGCUCGGACAUCAGUGUCUCAGCUGCCGGAUUUCACCUGGAAUACACAGCUAUCGGUUUGGAGUCAUGUCCAGAGCCGCAAACUCCCAACUAUGGAAUCAAACAUGGAGACAGAUAUAUGGUGGGAGAUGUUGUGCAGUUUUCAUGUGAACAAGGAUACUCUCUUCAGGGCAAUGCCCACAUCACUUGCAUGCCUGGACCUGUGAGGAGAUGGAACUACCCUGUACCACUUUGUCUGGCCCAGUGCGGUGGUUCUAUGACUGAUGUGAGUGGGGUGAUUCUCAGCCCUGGUUACCCUGGCAACUACCCCAGUGGAUUAGACUGCUCAUGGACAGUCAGUUUACCCAUUGGCUUUGGUAUCCAUCUCCAGUUUUUAAACUUUUCCACUGAAGCCAUCCAUGACUACUUGGAGAUCCGGAGUGGAAACCUGGAGACCGGUUCGGUGAUUGACAGGUUCAGCGGACCAGUCAUUCCAAAGCCUCUUUUCAGCACUACUCACCAGACCAGCUUCUUCUUCCACAGUGACUACUCCCAAAAUAAACCUGGUUUCCACAUCAUGUAUCAAGCCUACCAGCUCCAGAGUUGCCCUGACCCGCGGCCUUUCCGUAAUGGCAUCGUGAUUGGCACGGAUUUCAGUGUUGGGAUGACGGUGUCCUUUGAAUGCCUGCCUGGAUACUCGCUCAUUGGAGAGGCUUCGCUGACCUGUUUGCAUGGCAUUAGCCGCAACUGGAACCACCCAUUACCGAGAUGUGAAGCGCUCUGCGGCGGUAACAUCACUUCGUUAAACGGGACCAUUUACUCCCCUGGUCAUCCAGAGGAAUACCCUAACUUCCAGGACUGUGUGUGGAGUGUGAGAGUUCCUCCCGGACACGGGAUUUACAUCAACUUCACUGUACUCAGCACAGAGCCCAUAUACGACUACAUCACUGUCUGGGAUGGUCCUGACCAGUCAUCUCCUCAAAUUGGACAAUUUAGCGGGAACACAGCCCUGGAGUCAGUCUACUCAACCUCCAAUAUUAUCCUCAUUAAGUUCCAUUCAGACUUCUCUGGAGCAGGUUUCUUCGUCCUAAGUUACCAUGCCUACCAGCUGAGAGUGUGCCAGCCUCCUCCAGAAGUGGCCAAUGCUGACAUGCUGAUGGAGGAUGGAGAGCUGGAGAUAGGUGAUAUAAUCAGGUACCGAUGCCAUCCUGGCUUCUCAUUGGUUGGCAGUGAAAUUCUAACCUGUCGCCUUGGAGAUAGACUGCAGAUGGAUGGACCACCCCCGACAUGCCAAGUCCAAUGCCCCGCCCAUGACGUGCGGUAUGACUCGUCAGGUGUCAUCCUGAGCCCUGGUUGGCCAGACAGCUAUCCGAAUCUCCAGAUGUGUUCCUGGAGCGUCACAGUGGAAAAGGGCUACAAUGUUACCAUCACUUUCGAAAGUUUCCACACUGAGAGAGAGUUUGAUGUACUGGAAAUAUAUGAUGGUCCUACAGCCAACAGUCCCACUCUUUCCACCUUGAGCGGUGACCUGCCGACGCCGUUCAACAUCACCACCUCUGGUCACCAGUUCCUGGUUCGAUGGUCAUCAGACCACGGCACCAAUAAGAGGGGCUUCAAAAUUCGCUAUGUUGCCUUGUACUGCUCUACUCCUGACUCGCCCCUCCAUGGUUCGAUAUCCUCUCAGACCGGUGGCCAUGUAAACAGCGUGGUGCGCUGGGCCUGUGAUCGUGGUUACCGUCUCCUCGGCAAUGCCACGGCAACCUGCCGACGCACACCACUCGGUAUUCACGUCUGGGACUCACCUGUGCCCGCCUGCCAAGCGGUGUCAUGCGGGGCACCUAAGGCGCCAGUAAACGGUGGAGUUUUAACAGCCGACUACUCUGUUGGCACUCGAGUUUCGUACUUCUGCAAUGACGGUUACAGACUUUCCAAUAAGGAACUGACUUCAGCCGUCUGUCAGCCUGAUGGAACGUGGAGCAACCACAAUAAGAUACCAAGAUGUUCUGUCGUCGUAUGUCCCAGUAUUGGUUCAUUUUCUCUGGAGCAUGGUCGAUGGAGGAUUGUUAAUGGUUCUCACUACGAAUUCAGAACUCGUAUCGUGUUCACCUGCGAUCCUGGAUACUACAGACUAGGCCCCGCCCACAUCCAGUGCCUGGCCAAUGGCAUUUGGAGUUGGAAAAAUGAAAGACCACACUGCCAGAUCAUUUCCUGUGGUGACCUACCAGCUCCUCCCAGUGGCAAGAAGAUCGGUACUCAGACGAGCUUCGGCGCUACAUCCAUUUUCACUUGCGAUGCCGGUUUCAUGUUGGUGGGGUCAACCGUCAGAGAAUGUCUGUCAUCGGGACUUUGGAGUGGAACUGAAACACGAUGUUUAGCCGGCCACUGUGGUAUCCCAGAAGGCAUUGUAAACGGCCAGGUGAUAGGAGAGAACUUCGGUUAUCGGGACACCGUCGUGUAUCAGUGCCUGCCCGGCUUUCGGCUGAUUGGAUCAUCGGUCCGUAUCUGCCUCCAAGACAACCAGUGGUCUGGACAGCUGCCCGUCUGUAUACCCAUCAGCUGUGGCCAUCCAGGAAGUCCCAUAUAUGGUCGCACGGUGGGCAGUGGCUUUAACCUUAAUGACGUGGUCAGCUUUGUAUGUAACCGUGGAUAUGAGAUGGAGGGGCCUGCACGCGCUCAGUGCCAGGCCAACCGCCAGUGGAGCCACCCGCCCCCAACGUGUAAAGUGGUGAAUUGUUCAGAUCCAGGUAUUCCGGCCAAUUCCAUCCGGCAGAGUAAAAUCGAACAUGGGAACUUCACCUUCGGCACAGUGGUUUUCUAUGACUGUAACCCCGGGUAUUACCUGUUUGGAUCACCCGUGCUAACCUGCCAACCCACUGGACAUUGGGACAAACCCCUGCCUGAGUGUAUAGUUGUAGACUGUGGUCAUCCAGGCUCCCCCCCUAACGGUGUGUUGAGUGGAGAGAAGUUUACAUUCGGCUCAACGGUUCGAUACUCGUGUCUAGGAGGAAGACAGCUGAAAGGGGAGUCAUCUAGGACCUGUCAGCUAAAUGGGAUGUGGAGUGCCCCGAUGCCCUUCUGCUCUGGUGACACAGCUGGUUCUUGUGGCGACCCUGGCGUUCCGUCACAUGGAUUUAGGGAGCAAACUGAUUUCAGGAUCCGCUCCAGGGUUUACUUCAGCUGUUCUGAGGGUUAUGAUUUGAUUGGUUCGUCAGAGAGGAUGUGCUUCCCCAACGGCACCUGGUCUGGCACGCAGCCCUUCUGUAAACCGGUCCAGUGUGGUAACCCUGGCACCCCCAGUAAUGGCAGGGUGUUUCGCUUGGAUGGAACAACGUUUUCUCAUUCUGUCAUCUACUCCUGUAUGGAGGGCUACCUGCUCACUGGCGCCACCACCAGGCAGUGUCAGGCUAAUGGAACCUGGUCAGCAGCACAACCCAACUGUACAAUGAUUAACUGCGGGGAUCCAGGUGUCCCGGCAAACGGCCUUCGAUAUGGAGAGGAGUUUGUGAUUGGUCAGAACAUCUCCUUCCAGUGCCAACCGGGAUACAGCAUGGAGGAGGAUGGAUCGCCUGUUAGGUCAUGCACACAAAACGGGACUUGGAGCGGGAAUAUGCCGAUAUGCACAGCGGUGACCUGUCCAGCGCCCCCUGCCAUCAGUAACGGGGUACUUCAGGGCAGUGACUUUGAAUGGGGAAGCAGCGUGAGCUACAGUUGCUCCCCUGGAUAUGAGCUCUCAUUCCCAGCUAUCCUGACAUGUGUGGCCAAUGGCACCUGGAGCGGCAUGUUACCACAGUGCUUGCCCAAGUUCUGCGGUGACCCGGGGACCCCAGUUGGUGGCUUCAGAGAGGGACGAAGUUUCAUCUAUCAAUCUGAAGUGUCCUUCAGUUGUGCCGUGCCUCUAAUCCUUGUGGGCACAGCAACCAGACUCUGUGAGAACGACGGAACUUGGAGUGGAACACAGCCACGCUGCAUUGAGCCAACGAGAACCAGCUGUGAGAACCCAGGGACCCCUCGCUACGGCUCGGUAAACCGAACCUAUGGAUUCAAGGUGGGGAGUGUGGUAUCAUUUCAGUGCCAGCCAGGUCAUCUGAUACAAGGCUCUUCCUCCAGGACUUGCCAGCCUGACCUGACAUGGAGCGGCACACAACCCGAGUGCAUACCCCAUGCCUGCAAGCAGCCGGAGAGUCCGCUCCAUGUGGACGUAGUCGGGAUGGAUCUGCCCAGUUUUGGCUACACCCUGGUGUACAGCUGUCAGCCCGGCUACUUCCUGGCCGGGGGCUCCGAGCACAGAGUCUGUAAGAGUGAUGGCACAUGGACUGGAAAGAUGCCCAUUUGUAGAGCUGGAGAGAAGAAGAAACCUGUAAAACCGGCAACAGGAACUCCUAGCCCAAAAUUGAAUGUCCCCGAUGAUGUCUUUGCUCCUAACUACAUCUGGAAGGGCUCUUAUAAUUAUCGCGGGAGGAAGCAGCCAAUGACUCUGAGCAUCACCAGCUUCAACUCAACAACAGGAAGAGUCAACGUGACCCUCAGCAACAGUAACAUGGAGCUCCUCCUAUCAGGAGUGUAUAAGGCUGCAGAGGCCAGACUCCUAUUGCUGAUGUACCAGGUGAGCCACCUGAACCAGGGAAACCACCUGAAGGAUUCGGUUGUUUCUCCAGCCAAGAUCACUGAUGACUCUUGGACGAUGGAUGGAUUUGUGUCAGCAGAGCCUGAUGGCUCUAGUUAUGUAUUCCAGGGUUUCAUCCAAGGAAAAGACUAUGGACAGUUUGGACUGCAAAGACUGGGCCUGAACAUGUCAGAGAGUCAGAACUCGUCUCCUCCCCAGCUGGGUACCAACAGCAGUUCUGUGGCUAUCGCUAUCCUGGUGCCUUUCUUUGCACUGAUCUUCACUGGCUUUGGCUUCUAUCUCUACAAACAAAGAACCACUCCCAAGACACAGUUCACAGGCUGCUCAGUCCACGAAAACAACAAUGGCCAGGCUGCCUUUGAGAAUCCGAUGUACAACACCAACGCCAAGGCUGUGGAGGGGAAGGCAGUUCGAUUUGAUCCAAAUCUCAACACUGUCUGCACUAUGGUCUAA